GUGAGUUUGAUAAACAAUACACGUAUAAAGAGUAUCAAGCAGAGAGCAUUGCCGUUGCUCGCUGGUAAAUGGCAGCUCCCUUCCAUGAGUACUAUAACCCCUGUGCAUAAUCAGUUCCUUGCCCCUUUCACUGCAAUUUCUAUUCUAAAUCGCACUUCUUCCACCUCAGUAUGCUGUUUUUGCGCCAGGCAUGGCGGUCAUAGAGGCGGCUCUAGGUGGGAGAGUAAGGCUCGGAGUAACCAACAACGGUUCAGAUUUGAAGAGGACUUCCUAGCUAACGGAGGCCAAAGAGAUGCGGAUUUCGGGUUUGGUAAAGCCGUCAAGCAGAGGUCUUGGUGGUCAGAUGAUGAACCGUUCGGUGGCAAUGGCUUCGAAGAUGACGAUGAAGAUGAAGAUGAAGAUUUCGGAGGUUUUGGAGCAAAGGAGGGUUCAAUUGGGGUUUCCUGGAUAUUCAAGAUACUCGGAGCCUUUGGUUGGAUGGUCCCACCCGUAGUCAUAUCAUCAUUGCUCUUAGGGGAAAGUGGGAACACUAUUGUCAUGGCAUUGGCACUGCCCUUAGCUCAAUCUGCUCUUUCUUUAGUAAUUGACACAUUUUUUUCAGGAAGAACGUCGUCCUACAAGCGUCAAAGACAAAAAGCAUCCACCAGAACAAAGAAAAAGAAGCAGCAGCAGCCAUAUGCUGCUAGAGAUAUUAGAAUGAGAGGAGUACAAAACAGCAGGAAUGGAUAUGAGGUGAGAAAGAAACAAGACUUCGGUGGAUGGGAUGAGCUAGAUAGAUAGAUUCUCCUGAACCACCUAGUGACCACUCCAAAUAAACGAAUUGCCUAAAGCACCACCAAAUCAGGAUCUAGGUGAGAAGGGAAAUUGAGUGGGAGAAAAAGGAAGAAGGAAACACCGCUUGUUUCUGAGGCUACUACUGGCCGUUUUCAGGUUAUUGGACUCAUGCGGAUAAAGUUGUAGUUGUUCUGCUUACGCAUGCAUUUGUAUCUGUUAAUGAUCACAUCAAUUCUAAAAAUUCUUGACUUGAUUUACAAUCUGAAUCAUGGUACAAAGAUUAACUGUCCCUUCUGAUACAGUUAGUUUAUAAACCUGGCAUUGCAGACUUUGGGCAUUUGCCUCUUCAUUAACUGCUCAAGGUCUGGGCUCUUCUCUUCUUCUCUAUAACAAGGCUAUUAUGCAUGUAAAAAAAUACUCCCUCCUCUCUCUGUUACAUGUUCUACUUUCCUCUGAACGAUGUAAUGUAAUAAUAAUAAUAAACCAUUUAAA